AGUAAAGUAGCAAAGGAGGAACGGAGAGUGACGUAAAAACCCGACCGUUGAAAGCACCCUUUCAACUCGCCGCCGGUGACUCAAUCCUCAAAAUUACAGUAUCUCCCAUUUCCCUUGUUGUAAAGAUCUUCACUUUGGCUUCAUCCUUCCCAAUUCCUCAAACCCAUCUCCUUACCCUCUUCCAGGGUAAGAUCUUAUAUGAAAUGAUCUGCUAAAGAGGAGUAUAAGUCUCUGUGAUCGGGGAAAUCAAUAUGGAGGAGAUUGAAACAAAGGGGAGAAUUACGCGCGAAACCACCGAAAAGGCUUGUGUUUCAGUUCAGAGAAUUGGGUCUACCUUACUUUCAUCACUUGUCAAGAAAGGUAAAGAAACAUCAAAUAAGAGGAAUCCUAAGCCUAAUAAGCGCAAAACCGAAGAAGAACUAUGUUCAAAAUCUAGAAACAAGAAGUGUUCUCGAGGAUGGGUACAUUGUGAGGAGAAGGAAGAGAAAGGUAAGAAAACAAGGAAGAGGAAAAGUAAGAGACAGCAGAAGGAUAAUAAGGUUGAGGUAGAUGAUUCGUUACGGUUGCAGAGGCGAACAAGGUAUUUGCUCAUUAAGAUGAAGAUGCAGCAGAAUCUUAUCGAUGCAUAUGCAACUGAAGGUUGGAAAGGUCAGAGCCGAGAAAAGAUAAGACCAGACAAGGAGCUUGAGAGAGCACGAAAACAGAUUUUAAACUGCAAGCUUGGACUACGCGACGCCAUUCGCCAGCUGGACCUGCUUAGUUCUGUGGGAAGCAUGGAAGAUAAAGCGAUAGCUCCAGAUGGAUCUAUUCAUCAUGACCAUAUAUUUUGUGCGGAAUGCAAUUCUCGUGAAGCUUUUCUGGAAAAUGAUAUAAUACUUUGUGAUGGAACGUGUAAUCGAGCAUUUCACCAGAAGUGCCUUGACCCUCCUUUGGAAACAGAGAACAUACCUCCCGGAGAUCAGGGCUGGUUUUGCAAAGUUUGUGAUUGCAAGAUGGAAAUCAUCGACACAAUGAAUGCACAAAUUGGAACGCAUUUCCCUGAGGAUAGCAACUGGCAGGAUAUCUUCAAAGAGGAAGCUAGUCUUCCUAUUGGAUCUGAAGCUGGACUUAACAACGAAGCGGAUUGGCCUUCUGAUGACUCUAAGGAUGAUGACUAUGACCCUGAAAUGAGGGAAAACGGUGUAGGAAGCAGCAGCAACGUUAGUGGUGGUGGUGUUGGUGAUAAUGAUGGAGAAAGCAUGUCAACUAGCGUGAGCUUAUCUUCUGAUGGUGUAGCCCUUUCAACAGGAUCAUGGGAAGGCAAUGGAUUUAGCAAUAUGAUGGACCAAUGCGAAACAAGUAAUGAAGAAACUGUAUGUGGGCCAAGACAGCGAAGGACUGUUGACUAUACAAAGUUGUACUAUGAAAUGUUUGGAAAGGAUGCAGUUAUGCAAGAGCAAGGUAGUGAAGAUGAAGACUGGGGUCCGAAUGACCGAAGGAGGAGAAAAAAAGAAUCUGAUGUAACAAGCAACCCUGUAAGUAUGUGUGAAAGCAGUAAGAAAGAUCAAGUUGCUAUACAAAUACCAGAACAGAGUGAGAGAGUUUCUGCUUCUGUGGAAGAUAAAGGAGGUCGAAGGCCAAUGUUCAGACUCCCAAAAGCUGCAGUUGAGAAGCUACGCCUAGUGUUUGCAGAGAAUGAGCUUCCUUCAAAAGCUGUGAGGGAUAGGCUUUCAAAAGAGCUGAGUCUUGAUCCAGAGAAGGUCAGCAAAUGGUUUAAAAAUUCACGGUAUAUGGCACUGAGGAAUAGGAGGGUAAAUAACUCGUUACUGAACUGUGCGGAGAGCGUGAAACAACCUGAGCAUUCUAAGAUGGUCUCUGGACCAGAAGCAGUCAUGGAGACCAACACAGAUACAAACGAAGCUCAAAAUACUUUGGAGGAGACUUUUCCACCCGGAUAUAAUGAUUUCGUUACGAAUCAGAAAACUAUUUCUCCCUCUAAUAACAACCAGGAGGUUCCUGAGGAUACUAAGACAGUCUCUGGUGGAGACUCUGGACCAGAAGCAGUCAUGGAGAACAACAUAGAUGCAAAUGAAGUUCAAGAUACUUUGGAUGAGACUGUCCCACCCGGAUUUAAUGAUUCAGCUACCAGUCAGAAAAUUCUCUCUCCCUGUAAUAACAACCAGGAGGAGAUUCAACAGGCCAAUGUCUCCUAUCCUACACUCACAGUUGAAACACAACAGUAUCUGGAACAGAAUGACUCGUCUUUUGCUCUAGUGCCACAUGAAGAGCUAAGCAGCGAAAUUAGCUUAAAAACUGCUGUAAAGGAGAAAGAGACAGAGAGUAAGACGAACAAAGAGCCACAUGAAGAGCUAAGAAGCGAAAUGAGCUUAAAGGUAGCUGAAGAGGAGGAGGAGGAGACAGAGAGCAAGAUGACAGGAGAGGAGGAAGAGACAGAGAGCAAGAUGACAGAAGAGGAAGCAUUCGAAGCAGUAAUGGAGAUGCUUUGUAGAACAGAAAACAAGUUGCUGGACGUGACUCAGAGGCUUGAGAGAUUUAAAACACCGAAAGGCCGGAAAAGGUUAGGCAAGUCUUCUUCUUCUUUACUUGAAGAAGACUCAGUAGUGUAUGUUCCAAUAGCAGAGAUCAUGGAGAAGAGGUAAACAAUAAUAAUAAUUAUAUUAAAAAAAAGAAUCCAUUGCAGAAGUUUUGGUAUUGUUUAGAUUCUUUUGGAAACUUAGGUCUCAAGAAUACCUAAUGUAGUUUUUGUAUUAUUCAGUUUGUAUGUGUCAUUUAAACUACAGAGAACUCCCAGGAAAAAAUAAAAUCUGGGAUUUUUAAAAAUAGAAUUUUAGUUGUGUUCUAA